AUGAAUAUGUGGCCAGGGAUUAGCGUUCCACUCCCACGCCUCCUCCGCCCAAAACACGCGGUACCUUUUCCUACUUCCAGUUCCACCUGCACUGGAUUUAUUUCUCUCAAACAACUACAACUAUCUCCAUGUCGUCGUUUCCCCUUUUGUACACCAUCAUCGCAUUCCCAGCCUCAAGGCGAACAACUCACCGUGCCUGCAGCUGAGAAUCAUAAUUCUGUGAGUGGAGAUUCCAUACGCCAAAGAUUUCUGGAUUUUUAUGCUUCCCGUGGUCACAAGGUCCUUCCUAGUGCUUCUCUAGUCCUAGAUGACCCCACUGUUCUCCCCACUAUCGCUGGAAUGCUUCAAUUCAAACCCAUCUUUCUUGGAAAGCUUCCUAGACAAGUCCCUCGUGCUACUACCGCACAAAGGUGCAUUCGUACUAUCAACAAUGUUGGCCAAACCUCACGACAUCAUACCUUCUUUGAGAUGCUUGGGAACUUCAGCUUUGGUGAUUAUUUUAAAACACAAGCUAUUCAAUGGGCAUGGGACCUAUCUACUGUUGAGUUUGCUUUGCCUCCAGAGAGAUUAUGGAUUAGUGUUUAUCAACACGAUGAUGAAACUUUUCAGUUAUGGUCUCAACAGGUUGGUGUCCCCGUUGAGCGAAUAAAGAGGUUGGGUGAAGAUGACAAUUUUUGGACCAGUGGAGCCACAGGUCCCAGCCACAGGUCCCAGCCACAGGUCCCUGCCACAGGUCCCUGCGGUCCAUGCUCUGAAAUUUGUUAUGAUUUUCAUCCUAAGAGGGGAUAUGACGAUGCCGAUCUUAAUGAUGAUACACGGUGUAUAGAGUUCUACAAUCUAGUAUUUAUGCAAUACAACAAAAAAGAUGAUGGUUCUCUUGAGCCACUAAGGCAGAUGAACAUAGAUACUGGCCCCGGUCUGGAGCGCGUGGCUCACAUUCUUCAAAAGAUAUUGCAUUCAUUUGAACUGUCGUGA